AUGUGGCAAGCCGCCCAGAUCCCCAAAUCUCCUCCACCCCAGCUUAGGCCCCGCGGCUCCGCAGACGGCCAGGGCGGCGAGGCUGGCGUCGCCACGGGACGAGGGACCGCCGGCCACCGGAACCGGCAUCGGCAUGCUGCCGUUCAUCUUGCCCCGCCCAUGGGCAUGUCGCUCAUCGCGGCGCUCUCCGCCUCUUCGCCGUGGCGUCGGUAA